GCAGUGUGUGGGAAGCUUUUCCGUCCGUUUUGUCGGUCAUUUCCAAGUCUCCCUGUCCACUAAACAAGGGGGACCCCGUGCAACAGUAGAAAAGUAAAAUUCUUGUCCUACACACAGCCACCGUUGUUUGGCCGACAGCAGUUACAUUUUGUGUGAUUUCUACUUUUAAGAAAAGUGUACGGUUAAUACGGGAAAAACGCAUCUCAAGGCUGGAGGGUGGGGGAUGGUAUUUUCAGCUGGUAAAAUGAGAAGAUUUUGCAGAUCUGUGAUUUGCACUAGCCUGCCACUUGGGGGGUUUCGAGUGUAGGAAGAGGACAUUUCCUUGCACUAGUUGCUGGAGUGCGGUGCGAAGUUUAUUUUUUGCAUGUUUUACAUCACUUUGUGAUCACGCUCCUCUCUGCUCGGACUGAUGCUUGCAUUUGCACUGCUAAUGUUUGGUUACUGGGUGGCUGGUGGAAGACUAUGUCCAGGCUUUGAAAGGGGAAUAUAAAAGAACUGUGAAGAACACAAAGGAAUGCCGAAAACGUCGGUUUCACCUACGUCUGGGAAUGGCAAACCUGUGUGCUAUCUACUUGAUAAUACUUCUCCCCUUCAUUUAUUCUGCAAAUGCUAUUUGUCCCGAUCGGUGCGACUGUCAGAAUUCUCAACACCUUUUGUGCACGAACAGGGGGCUGCGGUCAGUCCCCAAAGCAGCUAUCCAGAAUCCCGAAGAAAUCCUCAUCUUCAGCCUUGGAGGUAAUUUCAUUAACAACAUUUCUGCUUUCGAUUUCGUCCGCUUUAGCCAAAUGAUAAGACUUGACUUGCAGUACAAUCAACUCCAGUCAAUCCACCCGAAAGCGUUUGAGAAGCUGUCGAGGCUGGAGGAACUUUAUCUGGGUAACAAUUUAAUACUAAGCGUUUCUCCCGGUACAUUGAACUCUCUGAAAAAAUUAAGAAUUCUAUAUGCCAACAACAAUGAAAUAAGAAAGCUGACUCCUGACUACUUCGCAAAUUUAGACAAUCUUAUAAAGCUGAGAGUAGACGGCAACUCGAUAGAAGUUUUACAGGAUGCACUUUUUAAAAGCUUGACAAAUUUGCUUUAUCUUCAUCUGGAAUCUAAUAAAAUACGCUACAUCCACAGGAACGCAUUUACAAAGCUCGGGAAACUUCGUUUUCUUAAUCUUUCUGGUAACAAGCAAACAGCGCUACGCAGCGUCCUCACAUUUGCCCAUCUCUCAUCCCUUACAACGCUGUUACUUUCCGAAAAUGAUAUCCAACACGUCGGGGACGGAGUAUUUCAGAAUCUGAAAAAAUUGUCCAAACUUUCUUUGAGCAAUAACAAAAUUUCUCACUUGGCCACACAAGCUCUAAGAGGACUGUCAGCCGUCAGGGAGCUUUUGAUAGAUGGGAACCUGCUCACAGACAUACCACUGGGGUUGCUUGAUCCCUUGGAAAAAAUAGAGGAAUUAGACUUCAGUCAUAAUUUAAUCUCUGAAGUCAACUCCUUAGCAUUCAGAGAAUCAAAACAUUUAAAAGUGUUAAAGUUGAAAAAUAAUAGGCUAACGGCCCUUUCUGGAAAUAUUUUUGCUUUCAACAAUGGUCUUUAUAGUCUUGACUUAAAUGAAAAUAACUGGACGUGUGACUGUAGACUUGGAGGAUUUAAACGCUGGAUGAAUUCAGCCCAUUCACAAGGCAAACUACUGACUGUGUUUGUCCAGUGCCGUCACCCUCUCCUUUUGAAAGGAAAGUACUUGGACUAUCUGAACAGUUCCCAGUUACUGUCCUCGGGAAAUGAUUCCAAGGUUUGUUUGUUUUCUGCGGCCGAUUCAUUAGAAGACCGCACUCCAGGUGCUCCGGGGGAGGAGGGAUCUCUGCCCAGGGGAGAAGCGAACAUUCAGGCAGACCAAGGAGGGCCGGGAUCUCCAGAAAAACUGCUUUCCGAAAAAAACAAACGAAAGAAGGAGGCCAGUGCCCACAGGACACGACCCCCAGCAAGUGCAAGAAGAAAUGGGUCUGAAGUUGCAGGAAAACUGGAACAAAACAAGUCCUUAGGGACCCCAGCUAACAGAAAUUUUACUGUACUGGCUGAAGGGGGCAGCCUCGAUCCACUUUCCCUGACAACGCCACAGCCUUACGAAGGCAAAGUUGAGAAACUGAAUUUAUUUCAGCAAGAAAAUGGGGCUUUUCCACUUGUAACGGACCCCUGCGAGUUUAACAGGUUCUUCAUCCUUAACAUAACAGCAGAGCAAGUGUCGUCCACUACCGCCAGUGUUCGCUGGAAGGUGUUGGAGCACCGGGGCCCCAAGAAUUCGCCGGUUCAUUUCAGAGUCCUGUUUGAUAGGUUUGGCCAGCCAGUGAGGUUCCAUCGUUUUAUUUAUGUGCGGGACCAGUCCAACUCGGUAACUCUGCAGGAACUGAAGGAGGACACCACCUACAUGGUCUGCAUCGAGAGUGUAAUUGCUGACCUGGUCUGCCAGGUGGCUUCCAGGGACCACUGCACAGGAGUGGUGACCCUCCCAGAGAAGCUGACGGCCGUGGACUUCCAGCUGCUCACUGUCAUCAUGCUGGGCGUCAACGCCCUGCUCGUCUUUUUGGUUCUCUCCGUGUGGUUCUCAAAGUUUCUGAGGAAAAGGCUCAACAGGAGAAAGUCGGCCGUGCACGUGAGACAAAUGUAUUCAACGAGGCGUCCGCUGCGCUCCAUGGGCACAGGGGUGUCAUCUGAUUUCACGGGGUACCAGGCUAGCCGCCCCCGGAAUGUUAUGUGCGCCAUUGAUGAGGCAGAUCUCAUCGAGUUCCCCUGUGACCGUUUUCUGGAUAACGGCGUCAGGAGAGAUGAAGUCAUUCAGCAAAGGUUCUCUGAUUAAUGCCACGAAAUUCAUCUGCCUUCGGGCACAAGGGGAGGGGAGAGGGAUUAAAACGGCAUUCUGUUGAAUAAAACGGCAGCGAACGACCAGGAAGAGCUGAACAAAAGUACUCAAGAGUUUCCAGAUGUGAAAAAGCCGGUGCUUUGCAUAUGUAAUGCAUUACGUUUUAAAGGAUAAACACCAUGUGAGACCUAAAAGAACCUGAAGUGUAAGAUAUGAACACAGCGUCUACUUCACGACAUAGCUGCUGAGCUAACCUGUCUACCUUUACUGCUAGUCAUCUGUUCUGAGUACUAUCCCAUAUCAGCUUGUUCUGGUAAAUAUACAUAUUAAUGGGGUUAUCUGUUGGAAGGGAUUAAAAACUGGACACUUUCUUCCAGAAGUAGGAAAAGAAAACUUUGGAAGCAUUAAAAGAGAUCAAUUCUAUCUUAUCUGUGUUAGAGAAUCAGUUAUGCUAUGAGAACGUAGUUCGUAAGAUGUUUGUACUAAUGCUACAUUUAUCCAAGUUCUUACAGUACGUACACAAUACAAAAUUUUUUAACAUUUGCUUAUGUGCAAAGAGUAAGCUGUGUUUUUUUUUAAGAUGGGAAGUGUGUGCUGAGUUUACAACAGAAGACAGAAGUAAGUCUGCAAAAAGGCUCGGUUUUGGACUGAAAUUGGAAUUAAAUUCAACAAAGUGUCAGUGGUCUAUUAAAAACACCAGUAUGUUUAAAGGCAAAUUCAGCAUUUUAAAUUAACAAAAUAUAUAUUUUUUCAUCCAAAAUGAAAAGGCUGUCUUUGUCAAUAAUGCUUUACAUUCAUUUGUCCAAUCAUUUUAUUAGUCAACCCAACAUAUCUUUAAAAUAGUAUAAAUCAAGGGAAAGGAACAGUCAUUCAGGAAGCUCGUUGUAACGUGCUGUUUUUCAUGUUAUAAAUAAGUGUGUCAUUUGUGUUCCUCAUUACACUAAUCAUUAAGACAUUGUAAAGAAAAGUGCACACAAUACAAUCCUUUAUAUUUCAUGUGCUUGAAAGGGGGAGUUGAUCCACUAUUGAAGCAGAGAGGCUGGUGAUAUAACAGUUUGAACUCUCAACCUCUCAGUAACAAGGCCAGGACCCUAACCACUGCUCCACACUGCUGGCUGUAUGGAAUUCAUCUGUAAACUGUGAUAUAUGUGCAUGUGUGAUACACCUGUAUAUCACAGUACCUUUGUUUGUUCAGGAGUUAAAAAUAUUCUCAGAAUUCCAAAUAUAUGCAUACAGGACCAUCAUUUUAAAGUUAAAUGUGGUGUUAGAUUUUUGUAGAGUGUUAUUUUCCGUAUAUAUUGGGAUUUCUCUUCCUGGGUUGGGCAUGUCCUGAGCUGAUCUUAUAAUAUGGCAAAUGGUUUUGGAGAACACAGAGAAAGUAAAAUAUACCACUGAAGUUGGAAGUUAACAACCAGCUCGUGUAAAUUGUGGCUGUUAAGCACUACAAACUGAAAUUUAGCUGCCCUAUUUAGAUACCACAAACCGUUUUGGAAUACAACUGCAUGUGUGGUCUGAAGUCAGCAUUCUGUCAAUGUGAUGUUGGGGUAAGGCUUUGGUACCAAAUGAAUUCUUUCUAGUACUCUUGAGAAACUAAACAGAUUCUCAAUAUGGGAAUCCCUGAUGCUUUGCAAUAAUACUGGAAAGAAAAAGGUUCAGUAUUUGUUUAACCAAAAUCAUUGUAGUCUUUGUGGUUUUUUUAUGUUUAGUUUAUUUUGAUGAUAGAGCAAGUGAAGGAGAUUAAAACAACUUCGCAUAGGAAUUUCCUCAAAUUCAAAUGAAGCCACUGAGUGGGAUUUACUCUGAAGGAAUCACAAGCCCUUUGUACACUCAAGAGAAUAGCAGUAUGGGUGAUGUUUUGAAUAUCCCUGAGGAUUUUAUUAAAGAGCUACAGAAAUGCCACGCAAACACACACGUUAAAAGAAAGAGGCAGAGAUGAAGAAAUACGUUUUGCGAAUGUGGCUGUUUAACCUUGGAAUCUGUUCUAGUACAUUGUUUCUAUUGGUUAGUAAAUGCUAUAGCUCACUAUGACCAAACAAACAAUAAAGCAAUGUGGAUGUAAUUGCUGAGGUUAGGUGGGCAAACCUAAAAAGUAAAAAGUACAGUGCGAUGCCACUGUUUCCAGAUAAUUUAGUUAUUUCUGUUUGAAAUGAUUGCCUCAGUGUUUUCUCCUUUACAUACAGUAAUAACCCUUUACUAUGUAAAGACCAACAGUAUUUUCAUAGAAAUGUGCUGAGAAUAAUAAUUUCAUUUAUACUUAGUCAAAUCUAAAAUAUUAAUGGUUCCUAAUGAGAAUGUGUGUUUAUGAAGGUCUGUAGAUUUUUUAGUAAAUUACAGUUUGAGUACAGCCUCUACACCAACAUUACAAUAGCUUUGCCAUGUUUGAGAUAUUUAUAUUGAUAAAAAAAUUAACACCUUCCAUGUUGACUUUAUAUACAUUGAUACCAUUAUAAGGAUCAAUUUUGACUAAAUUAAGUAAAAGAAUUGUGAUUUUCAUACCAAACCAUUCUAUAAGGUAAUUGUUUUCUUGUUAUUUUCUAGAAAAAGUGUUUUACUUUCAUAAUGUUUGCUAAAAAAUAUAGGAUAAAACUUUGCUGCUGGUUAGCAGUAGACCAUUUUGCUGUUAUACUAUGAUUUUUGUACUAAAAUUAUUUUCUUAAUAUUUUGAUACCUACAAAUUACUUUUCCUCCACCUGGAAAUAAAUGCAAACUAUCAGAACUGAAAGUAGCCAACUACACCUGUGUUGUUUCAAAUAAACAUAUAACAUGAGUUUAAAAGGCUUUAUUGUUUAAUGUUGGCUGUUUUUCAAUUCUUUAAGGAAGUGUUAUUUUAAUAUAAAGCGAUGGUGAAACUGAUCGAUUAGUUGUACCACAUUUAAAAAUAAAGUAAUUGCUUUUGGAAAUACAUAGAUACAGAACUGUAUUUUCAUGUGUAUACUGUCAUCUCUAAUGAGAAAGCAAUACUUCUGGUAGGUCUAUGGUUUACCUCUUAAAAUUUCAUAGCAGAAUAACUUUUUUGGCAAGUCAUCAUCGAAUUCCUUCAUCACAAACAACAGUGUUACGUUGGUUUUUUUGCAAGUGUAGCUUUCAACCUCAAAUGUAAAUUGAGUUUUCAACCUCAUUUUAACAUUCGUUUUUGCAAAUAUGUUACUCUGGUCUGUUUCCUUUUUAUGAUGUUAUUCAAGGUUUAGGAGUUUAAUUCACUUAGCAGAGUAUUAUUUUAAGACAAGUCUUUCUUUUCACCGACAUUGAGGCCAAGAAAUGUGUAAUAGGAAUUGAAAACCUCCCCCCAAUAUGUUACUUCAGGAAUAUUGUCAGGUUAACAAACCAGUGGGAGAUAGAGGGAGAUUCUUAUUGUAGACCUUGUUAAUUUUGAAAACUUAAUUUACAUUUUUACAAUAUAUAAUUUGGAAAAAAAGCCACAAAAUUAUAAAGUCCCGUUCAGAAGAUUGUGGUACUGUCUAUGAGCAUGCCUUGCCAAUAACGAAAAGAAUUCAGAAGAUGGACCAGUUACUACUAUGUUAUUAUGUAAAUCGGCUAUUUUAAUGACAAUUGAGUUUCCCUUUUCUUACGUUUGAAAUGGGCAUAUGUACAUUUAUAACACAAUAUGUGCACAUUAUGGGGAUUCCCCUCCACCACCACCAAUGCGUUGCACCCACCUGGAUGAUGCACCUGGAUUUUUAUCCUAUUUGUGUAUGUAAGUGAUCUAAGUUGGUGUCAAUCGUCAUUUACUGCUGCUACAGUAUUUCUCUGUUUUCAAAAUGAAUUUGAAUGGUCAAGGCCUCAGUCCUCACUCUUCUGCUUUUAAGAUGUGUGACAGGUUUAUGAAAGAGCAGCAACUGAUAACUAUUCCCUGGUUCUUAUUGCAAUUAACUCCCGUUUUUAAGAGUCUUUAAUUCCAACACUGAAAAGUAAUAUUUUUUGAGGUGGGCAUUUUGAGUUUCAGCUUGCAUGCUUUGUGAUUGCAUGCUUUCUCUAACUGUACAGGUAGUGCUGUUUUUUAGCUUCUCGUCAGUUUCAGUUGCUUUAAUUAAUACCUCUGUUUAAUAAACCAAAAAGACGAACCUA